AUGUCCUUAACUUAUGAAGAAUGCAUUGAAAUCAUCUUGAUAUCAGGAGAAAGAUGCACACGGGUCAUUGCUGAGGAUUUCAACAGUCGUCACCCAAUCAGACAGCCCAUCAUUCACAGCGCAGUUGACAAGCUUUUGGCAAAAUUCCGAGCAACAGGUUCUGUUGAAGAUAAACAUAAGGCUGGAAGACCAAAAUCCGCCACCAAUGAAGCAACAACAGUGAGCGUGUUGGCAUCAUUUAGCAGGAGUCCGCAACGGAGUACUCGUCGCCUGUCACAAGAAUGUGGGGUUAGCUGUACCUCCAUACUGCGAAUUUUAUCGCAGUACAAAUGGCACCCGUACAAAAUUCAGCUGCUCCAGCACCUGAACGAGGAUGAACCAGACCGUCGGGUACAGUUCACAGAAUGGGUGACACAGCAGCUGCAGAUACACCCACGUUUCCCCUAUCAGGUGCUGAUCAGUGAUGAAGCCAUUUGGUUUAUCAAUGGUGAAGUGAACAGUCAGAAUCACAGAUACUGGUCCGACACAAAUUGGCACUGGAUUGAUUCUUCCAAAACGAUCGACUCACAAAAAGUGAUGGUCUGGUGUGGUGUGUGGGGUACCAGAGUCGUUGAACCAUUUUUUUUAUUGAUGGUACGUUAA